CAAACCACGACGUAUAGGAGAUUAAUGAUGUUAUGAAGAAUGCCAUUAAUCUUUCUAGAUCGUGCGGGAAAUUGGAAUAGCAUUUUUGGCACUCGAAUGCUUGUAGCAGCCUCAGCGUGAUCGUCACUUCUUUGACAAAAUAGUGCGCGUUGUUUCGCGAGAUUGUGGUAGGUACAGCCCAAUUGAUUGUUCCACAGCAGAUAACCCCUAGACUUCAUCGAAACCCGCAGCACUGAUGAGAGAUCAUCUCCUGGCAGUUCGAUCAGAAAAGGCACCCUGCCAGACCACAAUAGCCGAGGCAAUCAUGUCUUCGAGGGAAGUCGGGCCAUCGAACUCGGCAUCACCGCGUGAACUUACCCAAAACCCGCUCAAGAAAAUUUGGAUGCCGUUGCCUUGUAAAAAUGGCCUUCCGGAGAAACACAUUUCGCAGAGAAAGGUAUGUAUGACCAACUGCCCAACCCUAAUUGUGACAGUGGGCCUCCCAGCCAGAGGGAAGACCUACAUCUCCAAGAAGCUCACCCGCUACCUCAACUGGAUCGGCGUGCCCACCAGAGAGUUCAAUGUUGGGCAGUACCGACGUGAGUGUGUCAAGAUUUACAAGUCCUUUGAGUUCUUCCGUCCAGACAAUGAGGAGGGCCUGAAAAUCAGACAACAGUGUGCAUCAGCAGCUCUAAAUGAUGUCAGGCAGUACCUCGCCGACGAAGGAGGCCAAGUGGCGGUGUUUGAUGCCACUAACACCACCAGGGAGAGAAGACAAACCAUCACUGCAUUUGCUGAGCAGAAUGGCUUCAAGGUUUUCUUUGUGGAGUCUGUCUGUGAAGACCCUGUAGUCAUAGCAGAGAACAUUGUGCAAGUGAAGCUGGGCAGCCCUGACUACAUGAACUGCAACACAGAGGAGGCCAUGGAGGACUUCAAGAAGAGGAUUGAGUGUUAUGAGAACUCUUAUGAAACCCUAGAUGAAGUCUGGGACAGGCAUCUGUCCUACAUCAAGAUCAUAGACGUGGGCCGGAGGUACCUGGUGAACCAGGUCCAGGACCACAUCCAGAGCCGCAUCGUCUACUACCUCAUGAACAUCCACAUCACCCCGCGCUCCAUCUACCUGUGUCGCCAUGGAGAGAGUGACCUGAACGUCAAGGGCUGCAUCGGGGGGGACUCUGGUCUGUCGCCGCGGGGCAGAGAGUUUGCCAAGUAUCUGGGCAAGUUCAUCGAGUCCCAGGACAUCAGUGAUCUGAAGGUGUGGACCAGCCAGAUGAAGAGGACCAUCCAGACGGCUGAAGCUGUGUCCGUGCCCUACGAGCAGUGGAAGGCUCUCAACGAAAUAGACGCUGGCGUGUGUGAGGAGAUGAUGUAUGAGGAGAUCCAGCAACACUACCCUCUGGAGUUUGCAUUGAGGGACCAGGAUAAAUAUCGCUACCGCUACCCCAAAGGAGAGUCCUAUGAGGACCUGGUGCAGCGGUUGGAGCCUGUCAUCAUGGAGCUGGAGAGGCAGGAGAACGUUCUGGUCAUCUGUCAUCAGGCUGUGAUGCGCUGCCUGCUGGCCUACUUCCUGGACAAAACAGCAGAGGAACUGCCCUAUCUGAAGUGCCCACUACACACUGUGCUGAAGCUGACACCAGUGGCUUAUGGCUGUAAGGUGGAGUCCAUCUUCCUCAAUGUGGAUGCAGUGAACACCCACAGGGACCGGCCAGAGAACGUAGAGGUGUCGCGGAUGGCAGAGGAGGCUUUGCUAACAGUACCAGCUCAUCAAUGAGAUAGUGGCCCUCACACUUCUCUCCUCCCUCAGGCCCUGUCUCCUUAUCUCCUACUUCAGUUAGACAAUGACUCCUCACUGUCCAUAUGCCAGUCUACUUCUUGACAUCAGUAGCACCACUCUGAUUUGAAGUAUUCAAUUAAAAUAAUUAGAAUUAACUGGAAUCCAGUUCAACUGUGAAUAGCCCUACUGCAAGGGUCUGGUGUUUUUUUUUUUUGUAUAAUUUUUUUUUUGAAAUGAUACUUUUCCUCUUCACAUACACAGGCGCAUAAUAGAUCAAUGUUGAACAGCCAAAUGUGAAGUUAUGAAACCGAAGCACUAUCUUUUUUUAAAUGUUUCUUUGAAUUUUAGGAUAAUUUUUUUUUAAAUUUAAGUCUCUCAGGAAACUCCGUGUUUGGAUUACUUAGCAGUUGUGUGUGUAGAUGAGUCACUAGCUAGAUUUCCAUCUAAUUGUCUACAGAUUUCCAUACACAUGAUAAAAGAUGUGAAUUGUCCCAUCCGUAUUGUUUCCGACAAACUGUUGUUGAAAAUAAAAUAAAAACGUGAUGUCGUACUGAACAUAAAAAUAAAAAAAAAUCCACAUCUCCAUAUAGCCACUAAAAAUAGAAAAUGUAAAUGGGUUUCCAUUGCAUUUACACAAAGGUUUGGUGGAUCAAUUCAGAAAUGUCAUCUAGUACUGGUUACAGUUGCAUGAAAAAUAAUCAGUACCAUAAUAGUUUGGUUUGUUCACAAUUAAUAAUGUGAACUUUUUUAAAUAAAAAAAUGGUAGGCUAGCAUACAUAAUUACAUCAUUAUGUAGAAGACUACACAAACUGCCAAUCACCGGAAAUAAGACUAUUAAGAUCCUCAAUAUUGCAAAGGAGCAUGAGACUCCUGGGUCCUGUGAAGGUCAUCUUAACUUGUCAGUGCAGUAGACAUGCUUUCCUGAGUAAUAGCAGGCAAACCACCCAACAUGCAUGACUAGUUUACUUCCAUAUGAUGGUUUUAUCAUAAUACAUGUUUACUUAAACCAUUUUUUUUAUUUUGUCUGUUUGUAAAGUUGAAAAUGUUUUGCUGUUUCCACCAUCAUUUAUCUCCGUUCAUUUUACAAAUGAAAUACUCCUUCCUUCUCUAAUACUUUUGGUUCAACAUUUGGAAUGUUUACUGAGACAUUUUCUGUUGCCAUUAGUCGUGAUUUUGUUAUAUCCAACAUCUACUGGAAUUGAAAUGUUGGAUGAAAACCUGUUUAAUGUGAUUAUUUUAGAGUUGAAUGUGUCUUGGUUUUGAAAAAUUUUUUUGCACAAAUGACUCCUUGUUACACACAUCUUGAUUUGAGGUAGUGUUUAGCACCUUAAUACCUCUUGUGCUUAUUUUUAACUAUGAGUUUAGUGUAUUACUUUUUUUUUUGUUGACCACAUUAGAUGUUCAUUAAAAUCAUGUAUGGACAAGACCAGAGAACACUUAUUUAUUAAAAUGUGAAUGGUUCUGCUCGGUAUGGAAUAUCAGCCGAAGAAAUUUACAUAUCACUGUUUACUGGCUAUGCUAAUAAAAUCUACUUAACCAGCCCUGCUGUACUUAAUGUAUUGAUACAUCACCUCAAUUGCUUUAUUAACAAGUCUUUAUGAACCAUAUGUACCUUGCUACGCAAAUUGAUAAAAAAAACAAUUUUAACCAGGGGCUGACUGCCAUUUUUAAAAACAUUGGCCUAUUUGUUAUUGAGGUACCCUUAUUUAUUAGCCAGACAAUGAUUGCUUUGCACACAAAAUAUGUUGCAGGCCCACUAGAGCUAAAAAUGAACCAGCACAUCUGGCAUUUGCCAGAUGGCCAAUCCUCCUCUGUCCCUAAACAUGUUCAUAUGCAGAGUCUGUAUUUAAAAUAUUUAACUUGGCUGACCACUAACAACUGUUUGUCAAACUUGUCAGAUGCCCGUCUUGAACAUUGCAUACCCCUUUGCCUGGCACAAUAACAUUACCAUAAUGCUUUAAUGCUUUGUUCCCUUCAUUUUAUUUUGGCCUAAACCGAGCAUUAAAAUAUAUUAAAUGUCAAGACUGCCCUGACUGAUUAUAAUUGAUGGUUUUCAAUUUGAAUUAAAUUACUUCCCAAUGUAUUUCAUUGGGGGG